GGAAGAAAAGAGACUAACCAGGCACCGAGAGAGGACUGGAACGGGUGGAGCCUAUUUUGAAGUUCCACGUGGGAUCAACUCUCCUCCACUGGGCGGCAUCGAAGGGUUACGAUGACCUGGUGGUUGACCUCCUUGUUCGGGGCUUGUCUGUGGAUGCUUGUGAUCGGUUGGGCCGCACUCCACUGGGGCUGGCCACCUUUGCCGGCCACACUAGUAUUGUCAACACCCUGCUGCAGGAGAACGCCUCUCUUUCUGCUGAAGACAAGGACUGGAGGAUAAUAUCUCGUGAGGAGGUUGGUCUCUGCAUAGUUCGGGUCAUUGAAGAAACUGCCGUGUGUUCUCUUGACGCGGCCAGGUCAGACGGCUUCACCCUGCUCCACCUGGCUGCCCAGCAAGGCUACCCGAACAUGAUGCAUCGGCUUCUGUCCCUGAAGCUGGAGGAGGAGCGGAACGUUGAUAUUAACCGCUGCAAUAAGAUCGGUUAUACGCCUGUUUACUACGCCAUCAAUGCCAGCAGGUACGACAUUGUGCAGCGGUUCCUCGAGUACAGCCUGGUCCGCAAGGUGCAUUGCAAGGCGACAAACGGCGAAACACUCCUGCAAUUUUACACCGAACGGAACAACUUGGGGCAGUACGACAACGCAGUGGUGUGCGUGCUGGAGUGCGAGAAGCUCCUGCACUCAACCAAGCCUAGCGCGGAGAUGUGUCUUCGCGUGCAACUGGGAACGACAGAGGCCAGUUCGAAGGCCCGCGCUCAGCUGCAGGCCAUGUACGAGUCGACGAGAGCACAACGCCACUGCUGGAAUUUUUGGUUCUUUCUCUCUUGUUUUCUGCUUCCGUCGGUUUUUUACUACCUAGACGUGUACACCGACAUUCUGCUGGCGGUGGAGUACCAUCAAGAUUACCUGAAGAGCAUCAAUGACUCCGAUGUGGUGGGGACGAGGAACAUGACGAGUGCUAAUCAUUCCCUGUCCGAGGAGAUGGUGGUGCUGGUGGAUGGCGAGGAGGAGGUGGACUCGAAAUCGUACAACAGCUUUCCCCCCCACGGGCCUACCAAGACCUACCGGCACCACAUGAGGGACAUGGAGAUCAGAAAAUAUUAUGACUUUAAGCAUGUCGUGCAGAUGAGGGUCGCAAUCACCAACGUCAUGGAGGCCACACUCGAGUCGGCCUUUCAGUUAAUUCUGCAGCUGUAUAUCGUUGGGACGCAUUACACUGAGUUGGACCAGGUUAAGGACGUGACACUGGGCAGCAUCCUGUCUUUGUCACCACUGGGCCACAACACACAGCUCUCCAAACCGGUGUUCUCUGUCCUCAUCUCCCUUGUGUCCCUCACCUGGUCCUUCACAUCCUACCACAGGUUCUCCAAACUCGGAGGGCUGACUAUUUUAAACGCACUGCCCCUCCUGUUCGCAAUAUUCUUCCAGGUGGUGUCCCGCGCCAUCGCCUGUACGGUGUUCACCCUGGCACACACGUGGAAGGUGUUUGUGGUGUUGGGUGUACACUUUGUGGUGGUGCUGGUGUUUAAACUCAAGCUGGAGGAGAGUUCAGUGUUGCCAGUACGCACACCGUUUUACUGUUGCCAGUGUUUUUUCAUGUACCUGCGUCCAUAUUUCUACGUUUUCCUUGGCACCAUUGCUUCUACGCUGGUGUACUUCAGGUUGGAGAGGCCCUCGGCUGUCAAAAAGCAGAGGGCGCGUCGUCAUUCAACCGUAGUGAUACAGGUGUUGUUUUUAGUCCUAGCCUUCAUCGAGAACCUAGUGAUGCUUGCCUUGGGGAUCUGCUGGCUGGACGACAAAUACUUUCAUCAUACGACACUUAAAUACGACACUUUCAUCAUAAUUUCUGCUGUCCUGUGUGCCAUCAGCUACCUUACUGGCAUUAUACUACAUGCUGUGUACUAUAGCUGCUUCGGCCAUCCAUGGGUGGACAUCAACAGACCAUCAGUGCACCGGGACGCAGACGAGGGGACCCUGGUAUUAUCAUAUUACCAGCAAGGCAAGGGAAAGCUGGAAGAUGGCACAGAAUUCGACAGCAGUUACCCUCGAGGACAACCCCUGACCUUCACGCUGGGGUCAGGUCAGGUCAUCCGAGGCUGGGACCAGGGACUGAUUGGGAUGUGCGAGGGGGAGAAGAGGAAGCUUGUCAUCCCCUCGGACCUCGGCUAUGGAGCUUCAGGGGCGCCUCCAAAGAUACCUCCCCACGCCACGCUGGUCUUCCAGGUGGAACUUGUCAAGAUAGAGAGGAAAGAGGAGCUUUGAGGCUAAUCUAGGGUGCGUGCAGGUGUGUGCGGGUGUGUGUGGGUGUCUGGUGGAGUGUGUGUGUCUGUGUGUCUGUCUGUGUGUGAUUUUUCCCUUUCUGUAGAGAUAAAUGGUAUCUGUGUGUGUUUGUGUGUGUCUGUGGAGUUUUAAGGGUGUCUAGAGAGUACUUAAAGGCUCCCUCACCCUUAACAAGUCUAGGGGUGUGUGUGUAUGUGUGUGUGUGUUUAUGGCUGGGAGAGGUCUUCAGUGUGUGUGUGUGUGUUUGUCUGUAAGGGUGACCAGCAUAGCCAAGAGACUGCAAGGGUGUUGGAGAAUGGUCAGGAAAAAUUUUAAGGGUGUUUCUUUGUCACCCUGUUCAGUUUAAGGGUGUUUAAUAUGGUCAGGGAAAAUUUUAAGGGUGUUUUUUGUCACCCUGUUCAGUUUAAGGGUGUUUAAUAUGGUCAGGAAAAAUUUUAAGGGUGUUGCUCGUUACCCUGUUCAGUUUAAGGGUGUUUAAUAUGGCCAGGAAAAAUUUUAAGGGUGUUUUUUGUCACCCUGUUCAGUUUAAGGGUGUUUAAUAUGGUCAGGGAAAAUUUUAAGGGUGUUUUUUGUCAUCCUGUUCAGUUUAAGGGUUUAAUAUGGUCAGGAAAAAUUUUAAGGGUGUUGCUCAUUACCCUGUUCAGUUUAAGGGUGUUUAAUAUGCCCAGGAAAAAUUUUAAGGGUGUUUUUUGUCACCCUGUUCAGUUUAAGGGUGUUUAAUAUGGCCAGAAAAAAUUUUAAGGGUGUUUUUUGUCACCCUGUUCAGUUUUAGGGUGUUUAAAAUGGUCAGAAAUGUUUAAAGGGUGUUUUUUUUUGUCACCCUGUACAGUUUAGGGGUGUUUAAUAUGGCCAGGAAAAAUUUUAAGGGUGUUGCUCAUUACCCUGUUCAGUUUAAGGGUGUUUAAUAUGGCCAGGAAAAAUUUUAAGGGUGUUUUUGUCACCCUGUUCAGUUUAAGGGUGUUCAAAAUGGUCAGAAAUGUUUAAAGGGUGUUUUUUGGUCACCCUGUUCAGUUUAAGGAUGUUUAAUAUGGUCAGGGAAAAUUUUAAGGGUGUUUUUUGUCACCUUGUGUACUUUUUAAGUGUGUGGGGGGAGUGCUAGCUGUAAGGGUGUGUGUUGUCACCCUGGCUGAGUCUUAAGGGUGUUUGUUAAGCCACCCUGUUCGAUUAGUGUUAGUGUGUGUGUGUGUGUACGUGCAUGUCUCACCCCAAUACUUGUAAUCAUAUUCUUUAUAAAUAAAUUUUGUGUGUGUGUGUGUGUGUGUGUCAGGAACACACACACACACACACAAGAAUGAGAGAGAGAGAGAGAGAGAGAGAGAGAGAGAGAGAGAGAGA